AUGCAACGCCCGAGGCUGAAAAAAGCAAUAUCAGAAGCAAGUCCGAAUAAACAAGAUACCUCAUCAUCAUCCUUUGAAAAUAAUCGUUUGAUGGAAGUGGAAAACAUCAUCGUUCCGAUACAAGGAGACUCCUCAUCGAAGACUGAAACUUUGAAACAGGGUGAAGUGGAUUUGCCUUUGGAUGAUGAAACGAGAGAACGAGUGGAAGAAAUUUUGGGUGCCACUGCAAUUGUUCUUCUCAUCAAAGGAGAUGCCGAAAGGCCAUUUUGUAAAUUCUCCAAAAAGAUUGUUUCUUUGUUGAUAAGUAGAGGAAUUUCAUUUUCAUCAUUUGAUGUGAAGUCUUUGGAUCAAUCUGACGAGAAACAAAAAGCAUUAUAUAUGGGAUUUAAAAAGUAUGGAAAUUUCCCAACAUUCCCUCAAUUAUAUGUGAACAAAGAGCUAGUGGGGGGUUUAGACGUGUGUACCACCCUAGAUGAGGAGAACGAACUAAUUAAAUCAAUUACGAGCUUACUACCUAGUGAUGAUAGCGAUCUAAAAAGGCAGUCAUGGCUCUCAUCAGAUAUUUCAGAUAGUGAAUGGUUGAAAACUAAGAAUGCUCAAACGGAAUCUUUAGAAAAUGAAUUUGUGCAAGUUAAUAUCAGAUAUGUUAAUGGAAAUAUUCAUCAAAUAAUUCUCAAAACAACAGAUACAGUAGAGAGGCUUUACGAAUACGUUCUUAAUAAUUUUUCACAAUUUGAUUCUCAAUUUAAGAAACCAUUUUUGAUAGCCUAUCCUGGAUUAGGGAAGAAAGUUUUGGAUAGAAACUACUUGAACACAACUCUGAGAGAAUGUUUCUCAACAGAAGAGUUCGAGCAUGAAUUGAUGAAACGAAGAAACUCUCCAUACCUAAAAAUUAUUCCACUAGCAAUUUUCUAUCUUCCUAGCUCUACAAUAGUUCCUCCAAAGACACAAAGACACAGCAUUGAUGGAAGCAUGUCGUUGCUGUUUGCACAACUAUUCAAAUCAAUCAUAACUUUGAUUCUCAAAAAACCAAUUGAUUUACUAAGAACAGUAUGGGAAAAGGUUAAAUGGUGGUGA